UGGAUAUACAUGCCGACAGAAUAAACAGGUUUGGUGAGAAAAUGAACAAGAUAGGCCAAUGAGAUGUCAGAAAAGUGAUAUAAACAUGGGUGACCCACAGACUGCCAGCAGAGAAGAUACGUUUGACUUUGACCUUAUUGAGACUGGUUGUUAUGGCAGUUUUACAGCAGUUGACAAAGAUAAGCAGUCAGUUAAAUUGAACCAUGCUUGGCCUAAAAAAACGUUACCAGUGGGAUUACCCCCAGUGCUGCCUGACUGGAGAGCUGAUGUGGAGAAGUACCUCACUUGUCCAGAGAAACUUCCUAUACAUGACACAGCGAGAUCUCAAAAAUUCUGGCCUAGAGAGUGCUGUCCAGAGAACUUAUACUCGGUCGACUUAUGUCCACUCCAGACGACCAUCCAGGUAGAGAGAAAUCCCACCACUGGUCAGCUGCUGGACUAUAAAGAGGAAUACUUGACAGACACAGGAAGUACAGGCAAGACCUCCCUGUCACUGAAGCGUGCACCAGGUCUUCCAUCACUGGACGUCCGCGGCAGCACCCUUAAUAUUCCAUUCUGGCCUGGAGGACUUGAUGAACCUGAGUUAGAAAAGACAAUUGCAGAUGAUGCUGAUUUAAACUCGGAGCUAAAUCUUGAAUCAGAUCUCCUGACUUUAGCACCGGGAAUGAAAUCUGGAAUGACCUUUGACGUUCCCCAAUCUAAGAAUACAGAGGUCACAGGUGGUACUGAUCAACCCACACCCCAUUCUGUCAUUAACCUCGCAGAUAUCCUGGCCCAGGAUAUAGAUGACCUUGACCUUGGAGAGACUGAGGAUGCUGAAGAAUCAAAAGAACCAGAGGAGAUAUCAGAGGCUGUUGAAAUUAAGAAAAGUGAAAGUCUAGAAAAAUUAGUACAGGCCACUGAUAAAGGCACAGAAGUAGAGACAGUCAAAAUCAAAACUGUAGUGAAGGAGGAAUGGGCAGUCAAUGUAGAUAUUGAUGCUCCAGUGGAAGAUUUCUACAAACGCAUUCCGGACAUGGCAUAUAAAUGGCCAUUUGAGCUGGACGUAUUCCAGAAGCAGGCUAUUCUCCACCUGGAAAACCAUGACAGCGUGUUUGUGGCCGCCCACACUUCUGCAGGGAAGACUGUGGUGGCAGAGUAUGCCAUUGCUCUGUCCCUAAAACACAUGACCAGGACAAUUUAUACCUCGCCUAUUAAAGCCUUAUCCAAUCAGAAGUACCGAGACUUUAAACAGACGUUCACAGAUGUUGGACUCAUUACCGGAGAUGUUCAGAUGAAUCAGACAGCAUCGUGUCUUAUCAUGACCACUGAAAUUCUCAGGUCAAUGUUGUACAAUGGAUCGGAUGUUAUCCGAGACCUUGAGUGGGUGAUAUUUGAUGAGGUCCAUUACAUUAAUGAUGCUGAUCGAGGUGUUGUCUGGGAAGAAGUCCUUAUUAUGCUUCCAAAACAUGUCAACAUCAUUCUUCUGAGUGCUACAGUUCCCAACACCAUAGAGUUUGCAGACUGGAUAGGGAGAACAAAGAGGAAGAAGAUUUAUGUAAUCAGUACCCUUAAGCGUCCUGUCCCCUUAGAACAUUUUCUGUACACUGGUAACAGUGGUAAAACCAGUGACCAGCUCUUCCUACUGGUGGACCACAAAAAAACCUUUCUUACAAAUGGAUAUAGCAAAGCCUUAGAAGCUAAAAAGGAAAGGGCAAGCAAAAGUUCACAAAAUUUUGGAGCCAAAGGAACGAGAGGUGCUCAUCCUAACCAGGAUAAGAAUAUUUGGAUCUCGGUGAUUGACAUGUUAAAGAAGAAAGAUAAGCUACCAGUUGUUGCCUUCACAUUUUCCAAGAAAAAGAUUGAGGAUAAUGUGAACAAUCUUCACAGUCUUGAUCUCACUACCCAGAAGGAGAAAAGUGAGAUCCACAUUUUUUUCCACAAGUCUAUCACACGGUUAAAGGAUCCAGAUAAGAAGCUGCCACAGGUGAUGCAAAUGGAGGACCACCUGAAGCGUGGUCUGGGUAUGCACCACAGUGGGAUACUUCCCAUCCUUAAGGAGGUGGUAGAGAUGCUCUUCCAGCGAGCACUAGUAAAGAUCUUAUUUGCUACGGAGACAUUUGCCAUGGGUGUAAACAUGCCAGCCCGUACUGUGGUGUUUGACUCAAUCAGAAAGCAUGAUGGGACAGCAUUUCGUGACCUUUUGCCCGGUGAGUACAUCCAAAUGGCAGGGAGAGCAGGACGUCGAGGCUUGGAUACAACAGGGACAGUGAUAAUUCUCUGUAAAGGGGAUGUCCCAGAAAUGUCUGAUCUUCAUAGGAUGAUGCUGGGGAAGCCAACCAAAUUAGAAUCCCAGUUCCGUCUGACCUAUUCCAUGAUCCUCAACUUGUUACGAGUUGAGCAGCUUCGAGUAGAAGACAUGAUCAAACGCAGCUUCUCGGAAUUCCACUCACAAAAGGACACUGUCAAACAUAAGAAGGCACUUGAAGAACUCCACUCUGAGGUGGCUAAAAUCACAAAUAUUGAAUGUUUCCUGUGUUCUGUAGAUCUGGAGAAGUAUUAUGAGAGCUGUAAGGAAUAUCACGCAUCCAAGAAACAAUUACAGACUGUUGUCCUGUCACAUCCAACAGCGAUCAAGUUACUGAGUGCAGGGCGAGUGGUGACUGUUGACAAUGCUAGUCAUAAUAAUGUUCUCGGUGUAGUGUUACAGACUAAUGUAUCCUCUAGUAGUGACCGAGUCUUCAACUGUCUUGUCAUUUGUGAUGAAAAAUGUGCAAAAGGUGAAAGACAGACAAAAUCUGCUGAUACAAUUGGUCAAGUGACACCUGUAUUAAGCAAUACCCUGUUUAGGCCUGAGGGUAAGUGUUGUCAUCAGCUGGUACCCCUGAAGGCAGAGGAUAUCAGUGUGGUCACAACAAAGACAAUACGAGUGGAGGUGGAUAGAAUUAUCAAUGAUGUUCGCAAGAGGCAGCAACCACGAUUUAAAGAUGAUCCUCCAAGUCAGGCAGUAUCCAUAGCAACACAAGAGUUGUUAAGAUUAACAGAGGGAAAUCCACAGGGAUUGCCUGGCCUUGAUCCAGUGAAAGACCUUCAUCUUCGUGAUAUAGAUAUGGUGGAAAAGUUUAGAGCAUUUUCCCUCCUGGAAGGAAGCCUGAAGACAUUCCAGUGUGUCAACUGUCCUAGAUUUCAGGAACAUUUUAGUCAGCUAAGCAGUAAUAUGAGAUUGAAGGAUGAAUAUAUACGACUCAAAUUUCUGUUGUCUGAUGAAAGUCUUCAGCUUCUGCCGGAGUACCAGCAAAGAAUUGAGGUUCUGAGAGCUCUGAAUUACAUUGAUGCCAACAACACAGUGCAGUUGAAGGGACGGGUGGCGUGCGAGAUCAGCAGCCACGAACUUAUGAUUACUGAACUUGUAUUUGAGAACGCUCUCACAGAACUCCACCCCACUGAGAUAGCAGCCUUAUUAUCCUCAGUUGUGUUUGAACAAAAGAAAGCCAGUGAGCCUAACAUAAUUGACACUCUAGAAAAGGGCAAGGAGCGUAUAUUGGAGAUAGCUGACAGGAUCACUGUCCUACAGAAACAGAUGGGGAUGCUAUUAGCAGCAGAAUACAAGGAAGCAUUCAAGUUUGGACUUAUGGAGGUUGUGUUUGAGUGGGCGAGAGGCAUGCCAUUUGCAGAAAUAACAAACUUGACGGACGUCCAAGAAGGUAUUAUUGUGAGAUGUAUUCAGCGCCUACAUGAGACACUGAGAGAUGUGAGGAAUGCAGCUAGAAUCAUCGGAGACCCUGUCCUCUAUCAGAAAAUGGACGAGGCCUCCUUCAUGAUCAAAAGGGACAUCGUUUUUGCUGCAUCAUUAUAUACACAGUGAAUUAAUUCAUUUGGUAAAGAUAUUCUAAUGACAUUCAAGACUUAGUAAAAAUUGAUUCUGAUAAACAAAUUACCUUGUCUUGUAAAUCUAUGAAAUACUACUGUUCAAGUAUUGAUGAGGGAUUUUGAUAUCAUUCUACGACCAUGAAAUACAACUUAAUAUGAGAAAAGGACAUGGUCCCUUCUGACGAAGAAGGAUUGGAGGGAGGUGAAGGAGUGAAAUGAAAGUCAAAGGUUUGAUAGAUGAAUGGAUUCUUGAUUAUGUGAGUAUAGAGUAUUUGUUUGGGAAUUCUGGUGUAAAUAAUGAUUGUUAGUUCCUUCUCCAUACUUUGGGCAGAGAUUGCAGAAUAUUGGACAUAGGUGCAAAUCUUUUUAACUCAUGUUUGUUUUAUUUUUCUUUACAUUUUGUUUUCUGACAUGAUAAAAGUUUAAAAUUGUUACGAUUAGUCACUGAAGUUUUACUUGUUAAAUUAUGUUAUACAGAUAAGUUCAUCUGCAUAAUAUUCUCAAUGUAGAAAGCCUUCAAGUGCUAUUUUUUUUAUCAAAAUGGUUAAUGGAGUUGAAAUUAUAAUCCAGUUUACCUCAAGACAUCCUGUAAUCCUCUUAUCUAUUUUCAUAGAAAAAGUUGUGGUACUUUGUUAAAACAUUAACCUUAGUUCAGUCACCAAAUCCCAACAAGUGGUGAUUGGUCUAUAGUCAUGGAAGCAACAAAUGUUUCUAUACACAAGACAUUUCAAGGUAAUUUGUAAUCCCAUCCCACCAUCAUCAAAUUCAAAUCUUCAAGUUUCACAUCUAUGUUUACAUAAAUAUUUAGAAAUUUGUGUCUACAUCCUGAUUAAGGGAGAUAAUGUGUAAAGAAAAAAUAAACAUUUUUUUCAGUUUGCACAGUUUAAUUGUAUAAAACAUUAAAUUAACCAAGCAGGUGUCCAUGGCCGUGAGUGUGGGCAAGCGAUGUCAAUACCUAUAAAGGAAAAAAAAUAUAUGAACAAACAGUUCAAAAGAAAUCAUUUUUAUCUCAUUCUUGCUCAUGUACUUCUGACAUUACCUAAUUUGAUAACAAUAAAAGAAA